GGAACAGUGAAGGCGCCACUGGCCACCUUGCCUUCCUUACAUCCGGACCGUGACAUCAUCGCCUCUCGGGUUUCACGGUGUCUCUUCUACUCCAGGCGCACGCGGCACAGCAGCAGUCAGCGCGAGCUCAAACAGCAGCAGCAGCAGCAGCCACAGCAGCCGGAGCUGAACGGAGCGCGCUGUGUCGCAAAGUAUCAACAAACUCUCGCGUCGAUACAGCCGAAGCUUUCCUUUGGAUAAAACCCUCACUUGUUUCACCGCGCGCUUUUCCAUCUUUCAUUUGUGUGAAACUGACUCCUGGACGUUUGUGGAAGCUGCUCAUCUCACAAUGAGCGGAAGGUGACCUGCAAGCAUCCUGUCUCUGGAUUACCAUCACAAGACAACUGUAUCUUUGUCGUCAACGAACAAUCUGCCUCCAAAGUGCCAGCGAAUGAGAAGAAGGAUCCAGCACUAAACAUCAUGAACGAGGCCACUAACUCCACAGGCGACUCCGACUACGCCGCAAACCCCAGCAGCCCAGCGGGAAGACCCUCAAGGCCUUCCAAAAAGAUUCAUAAUUUUGGGAAGAGAUCCAACUCAAUCAGGAGGAAUCCCGGCGCUCCAGUGGUGAAGAAAAACUGGCUUUACAAACAGGACAGUACAGGGAUGAAGCUGUGGAAAAAGAGGUGGUUCGUGUUGUCCGACAUGUGUCUCUUCUACUACAGAGAUGAAAAAGAGGAGGGGAUACUUGGCAGCAUCCUCCUACCAAGCUUUCAUGUAUCCAUGCUGUCGGUGGACGAUCACAUUAACAGAAAAUAUGCCUUCAAGGCAACACAUCCCAACAUGCGGACAUACUAUUUUUGCACUGACACGGCCAUGGAAAUGGAGUCAUGGAUGAAGGUGAUGACCGACGCGGCACUCGUGCAUUCAGACCCAGUCAAAAGAUUGAACCAACUAAAAGUGGAGCAGUGUGGACCACAAGAAAUCAACCACGUGACGAACCACAGGCCACCACUCACACAGCCCGAAAUCCAGAACAAUGAACGCAACCGCGAGGUCAACCUCGAGUGCACCGCGGCCAUCGCAGCCGCCACCGUGGAAGAGGAGAGGAAGCAGAGAGAUGCUGAGCGGUACGGGUUCCAAACGGACGGGGCAGAGUGUGAACGUCCACUCACCAAGAUAAACAGUAUCAAACUGCAGCCAGCACAGGCAGCAGCUGUUCAGGCCAACAUCGCUGCACCACAGAGUCCAGCUAAUGUGGACGGGUCCCACCGUAGCCCCCAGGUCAAUGGAUCCGGUGAACAGCAUCCAAGUGACGGAGCCAGUGUCCCUCUGCGGCGAAGUCCCACCCACGAGCCAGACCGCACACUGAGUAGGACCAGCUCUAUGCAGCAACUGGAGCAGUGGGUUCGCUCACAAAAAGGACGCAACCAGGACGAUGACACCAGGAGUAUCACAUCAUACCAGACACUGCCUAGAAACAUGCCAAGCCAUCGGGUACCCUACAUGCCUAAUUAUGGAGAUGGCUACCGCAGUAUGCCCAGGAACAGCAUGGCACAGCGGGACAGCAUCUGUAGUAUGUCGCCAUCAUUGUACGACCAGAUCUUGGGUCCCUUGCCAUCGGACAACCGCCGCCCCAUGCGCGAUGACACCAUGUGGCAGUUGUACGAGUGGCGGCAGAGGCAGGCGUACACCAGGCCGCCAGGGCUGUACAGCAACAUGGCUAGUCCCAAAACCAUGAUCAACCUGUCGGAGCAUGCCGCACCGAGCCACUCCAUCCCCCCUUCACCCUCCCAUGGCUCCUUAUCCAUGCACGGUGGCUACUCUCCAAUGAGGUCUUACAACACGAACAGUGGUCACUCUGAGGUCUCCUCCCCCAUGUACAGAAGAGACCUGAGCAUUGACAGACGGCAACGGCCUCCACUCAGCAAGUAUGUGUACCCACCUGAUAGGAGGUCCAUGCCUGUAGGGAUCCCAGUCCAGACCAUCACUGCCCAGUCUCUCCAAGGCAAAACACCCGAGGAACUGACUCUGCUUCUGAUAAAGCUGCGGCGGCAGCAAGCAGAGCUAAACAGUAUCCGGGAGCACACUGUAGCACAGCUUAUGCAACUAAACAUGGAUGGCGACAACCCAAAGAAUGACUUACUCUCUCAUCACCUCCAAAGGAACCUCAUGUUUUUGGACAAUCAGAUGAAGGAAAAUGACCCUUUAAUCGUCAUGACUCACUCUUUGAUUGAGAACUCUGCCCCGCGGCCUCAACUUUACCAGCAAUUGAGUCAAGACGAUUACAGAGAACACGCCUACACAUGUAUGCCGGGAGAGGUGGACACUGAUACUAAACUAAGCAGGUUGUGUGAGCAGGAUAAAGUGGUGAGAACACAGGAGGACAAACUUCAGCAGCUCUACAGAGAGAAGCACACCCUGGAGACAGCGCUGCUCUCAGCCAGUCAGGAGAUAGAGAUAGGCGCUGAUAACCCGGCUGCCAUGCAGAGUGUCAUCCAGCAGAGAGACUUACUGCAGAGCGGUCUGCUCAGCACCUGCAGAGAGCUGUCCAGAAUCACCGCUGAGCUGGAACGCUCAAUGAGGGAAUAUGACAAGCUGGAAGGAGAUGUGAAUCAGUCCAAGAACAAUCUGCUGGAGCAGUUAGAAGCACUGGGAAGCCCUCAGACGGAACCUCCCAGUCAGCAGCAUGUCCACAUCCAGAAAGAGCUGUGGAGGAUUCAGGAUGUAAUGGAAGCCCUUAAUAAAAGCAAAGCUCAGAGAAAUGCUGUUGAUGGGAUGGGGUUCUAUGGACCCAAGAACAACUUCAGUAAGCUCAUAAAUGAGGACGAGGACACGGUUCCCCCAAGGCCACCUCUGCCUCAGUCUUACCAGCCCGACCUCCCUACUGGGCCUCCUGUGCCCUCUCAUGCUGGUGCACGGCCUUCAUCACUCCACAGGGUGGAGGACAGGAAGGUCAAUCACAGGAAUGGCACACACAGUAGUCCAGACUACAGGCUGUAUAAGAGUGAACCUGAACUCACCACGGUCGCCGAAGUAGAUGAAAAUAAUGGCGAGGACCGAUCAGAACAUCCGUCUGACAGGGAACAUUCUGGAAACAAAGGAAUAUCCUAUCCUGUUGGGAUUGUCCCUCCCAGAACCAAAUCUCCAGUGCCUGAAUCCUGCUCCAUAGCUUCAUAUGUUACAUUAAGGAAGACCAAGAAGCUUGACCUGAUGACGGAGCGUCCACGUAGUGCAGUGGAGCAGCAGAUGUGUGCUGCCGAGAGCGGCCGGCCCAGGAUGAGUGUGGAGGAGCAGCUGGAGAGGAUCCGCCGUCACCAGCAGGGCGCCCUAAAGGAGAAGAAAAAGGGCCUCAACAUCCGGGGUAGCGGCCACGAGAACCCACCCUCCCGCAGUCAAUCAUUUAACAGAGACACUCGCAGCGUGCAGUCCCACAUGAGACGCAGAGAUGUGGUGAUGAGCAGUGACAUUCUGGAGCUCGAGGCGUCUCUCAGGCAGCAGGACGUGGUGAGAGAGCAGGAGACGCCGGCUGAGGAGAUCGCACGUCUCAAAGAAGCAUCUCACGCUGACAACUUUAAUGUGGACCGAGAGCUCUCUGUGCCUGACAAAGUGCUGAUUCCUGAGCGUUACAUAGAGUCAGACCCCGAGGAGGCUCUGAGUCCUGAGCAGGAGGCUGAUAAGCAAAAGAAAGUCGACCGCAUCAAAGCCCUCAUAGCAAGAAACAGCAUGCAGAAUGUGUUGCCCAGCACGGCUCUAAGUCCAGAGGAGGAGACGGAGGAGGAGGUUACCGUACAGGAGAAGGAGAAGAUGAUAAAUAUCUCCUAUGAGCUGGCAGCUGAGGCCUCUAAACGCAGCAAACUGGUAGCAGUGAAAAGCCUGUCAUCAUCCUCUCCACCCCCUCCACAGUCGCCUAAUACGCCCCCUCAGCUCACUGACGGGUCUCACUUCAUCACAGGCUCUGGCCUCAGUAAAAAGCUACACAUGAAGGAAACAGCUGUGGAAAUAUCAAGACGCCCCUGAAAACUCACCCGGGGACAUCAGCACAAGCCCACAGAGGGUGAAACUGUCCACUCUUUCAGGGGGGUGUCUUAACCGAUGACUUCUCUGUACGCUCACUGUGACGUCUUCAGCUCCUGUGCCACCAACCACUCUGUCUGUGACAUUUCUCUGCACUUGCUUGGAGACAGCUUUAACAUUAUUAUUGUUGCAGUUCCCUUUUGAUUUCAUACCAGGCGUUUUAAGUUUUAUUAUUUAUAUGGUUUUAUGAGGUCCUUGUUUGAAUAUGGGCCGUUGAGUGUGAGUGUGUGUGUGUGUGUGUGUGUGUGUGUAUAAGAGGCUAAAAGACUGAGCUCUGUUUCUGGGUCUGUGAUGAAACAUUUUUGCCCUGUUUCUUCUUUUUUUUAAUCCCCAUUCAUUUUCCCAAAAGUUAUACAAAGACAUUGUCACAUUAUUUUAGUUGACAUAAAUCUUUUGUAAUUCACUGAACCAUUUAUUGUAAAGAAUAUUUUUCAUAUGAAACAUGAGUAUAUAAGAUAUAUACUAUACAAUGAGUGGAGGGGCCACUUAAUUGCCGCAGACUAACAUUAUUUGUAAUUUCUCUUGUUUCUGGAUUGUAAUUAUUUAAAAUGGGAUCCACUGAAAAUCCCUGUUGCAUUGUUUCUGACACUUAUGUGAAUGUUUUGGUUUAAAGCUAUAAUCUAUUAUUGGUUUCCAAAAUGUGUUCGUUGUUAAUCCUCUUCUUGUCAGGAUGACCAUUGAUAAAGUUGUCUCGGGGGGAAAGAAACAAAAAAAAAUUUAAAUUAAGAGUUUGCCAUUGCAGGCUAAGCUGCAGCCAUGGUUUAGUGUAUUUCUACACACGAGAUAAAAAGUGUUAAAGAAACCAAUUAUGGACUCUAUUUUUUUUAUCCUGAGAUAUAUUUAAAAUGGAAGGUAGAAAAAUGUCUUGAUUUUGAUUCUAUUUUACAAUACAUGGGUUUAAAAAAAAAAAGAUUAGCACAUGUAAAAAGCAAUAAAAUAUGUUUGUGGAUCCAAGAUUAAUCUUUGUUUGUAAAAAGUGUAAUUACCAGAGGUUUACUGUGUAUAUAAUGUACAUGGUAGAGCAGGAUGGGAGGAUGUAUCCGACAUAUGGUUACGUUCUAUAUUUGAUUUGAAAAUGUUCAUAACCCAUCUGUUUUAUAUCAUAUUGAAUAAAUGUUGACAUUUUUAA